CGUCGCUCAAUCAUGAAGACGCGCAUCAAUGCAGGAGCGACUAUAAAAGGAGCAGGACUCUGUUUUAGUGCUGAUACCUGCUUCUCUCUCUCCCUCUCUCUAACACACACACUCACUCACACACACACACACACACACACACACACACACACUCACUCACUCACACACACAGCAGAAACAGGACUAUACCACAACACGUUUAAAGAAAAAUCCAAACAAUGGUCUCCAUCAGAAGUUUGGAUAAAACGCUGGUGUUUGUGUGUGUGUGUUUUCUGUACUACAGCAUGAGGACAGACUGCAGACCACUGAGCCGGAGGUCCGUCAGUGAGGUCCAGCUGAUGCACAGCGUCGGCCUGCACAAACACAUCCAGCAGAGGCAGGACUGGCUGCAGGAGCACAUGCAGGACAUACACACCGCCCCGUUGCAUGAUGGGAGAAUCGGCGACGAGCGCAUCACACGGUGGCACUCGCUCUCCCAGGCUGUUAGGACCAACACAGCAAAUUUAGACGUGAUGGAGACGCAGUGAUGCGUGGAUGCUUCACUCAUUCACCCUGAAAAUAUCAAUAUUUAUUUUUUUUUCUAUUUAUAUAUUUAUGUAUUUAUAUCAAUUGAUGGAAUUUUCAGUAUUUCUGCUUGUUAUAAAUGUUAUAUACAAGUGUAUUUUAUGGGAUUUAUAUAUUUUAGAGAAAAAAACUAAGAGGAAGCACUUUUUUAUUUAAUUUUAUUAAGAUGAAUUCAUGUUUACUGAAACCAACAAUAUUGCAGAGUAGGACCAAAUUAUAAUUUUUUAAAGAAAUAUUAUGGGAUAGAAAACAAGAAAUUCUAUAUUUUGUAUAUUUCUAUAUAUGACUGUUUACUUAAUAAAUAACACUUACAGAGCUGAGACAUGUUUCUCGCUUCGGCUCAUUGUCUUGUCGUACAGUAAAGUUGGUUCCAAUGAGCUGCAGUCCAGAUGGAAUUACAUAAUAUUGAAGUAUAGAACGGUUGCAAUGUUGGUUCCUUUCUUUUCCCUGCUCCAAAAUAACUCCAAAUUAUUAAGCUUCCACCUCCAUGUUUGACUGUGGGAGUGAGGGAGUCUGAUCACAUCUUCUCUCCUGUUCUCCAGCUUACACAAGUUCUUCUGUUAGAGACAUAAAUGUCACAUUUGGACUCAUCUGUCCAUACAACUUUCUUCUAGUCAUUUCCUGUUCAUGUGUCUGAAAAAAACAAAAGAUGAGGUGUUUCCA